AUGACCCAGGAGGCAAACGAGCAGACGGACCGUCUGAUGGUUAUCACCGGCGGGCGAGCGAUUAUAGCUGGGGUCAUUCGGUGGUCUGCCUGCAGUGAUGGCGUGGAGCUUGGUGUUGUGCGGCGCGGCGCGGCGCUGGCGCUGGCGCUGCUGGCGCUCGUCGCGAGGAGGAAGGACCCCGCGCCGCUCUUCGGCGUCUACACGCGCCCCGGCAAGUGGUACUAUCUGAAGUAUGUUGUGUUCGCCGCCAUCUACUACUUUAGGAAGUAUGCCAUCCGCUUCCGAGGCGCCGGCGGGCGCGCUGGGCAGGGCGUGCGUGCCAUCUCCGACCCAGCACUCAUGGACCGCGCACAGCCCCUCAGUGACGAUGCCAAGGCUUUCGACGCGGUGUUCUUCAUCGCGGCGGACGGCGCCGGCGCGCCCGAGCAGGAGGGCACCUACGUCAUGAUGGGCUGCGAGCGCCGCCCGCUCGGCAUGUGCAACGGCCUCUUCUACCUCGGGCUGCCGGGCAAGGGUUUGCUGUGCAGCAGCAAGCUGCCGGACACGGUGCUGUUCGGCGCGCGCAGCGGCGAGUUCGGCGCCGAGGGCAUCCGCAUCGCGCCCGCCGAGCCCAUGCGGCGGUGGACGCUACACUACCAGGGCAAGAUGAGGUACCAGCGGGACCCGACUGUGGAAGUGGAGGUGACGUUCACGGGCGAGUGGACGGCCAACAGCAGGCACUUCGACUUCGACUGCGAGCUGCACGCGCCCGCCGUCAUCCGCUCCAUCGCGCGCGAGCCCUGGACCAGGCAGUACUUCGACGGACUGAAGAAAGCGCACCAGUCCCACUACGAGCAGUUCGGAACCCUGCGCUGCUCGGCGACGCUGGGCGGCGAGACGCUGCAGUUCUCGCUGCCGUCGUUCCGCGACCACAGCUACGGCGCGCGGCGCGACUGGGCGCUCAUGCGCCGCUACGCCUUCCACCACAUCUUCCUGGCCGACGGCUCUAGCGCCAGCGUCGGCGUCGUGUGCCAGCCCUCCACCGCCACACAUUUCGAGCUGGGCGUGGUGCGGCUGGCGGACGGGCGCGUGGCGGCGGCGCGCGGCGUGGGCCUGCAGCUGUGGCAGCACGGCGAGGCCGGCACGCCGCCCCGCGACUACGGCUUCAGCUUCCGGGCCGGGGACCAGGACUACUACGUGCAGGUGCAGGUGGAGCACGAGGCGACGCACUACGUGUCGGCGGAGUGGGAGGCGCGCAUGCAGGAGCGCUUCUGCCGGUACGCGGUGAACGGCGUCCCGGGCCGCGGCACCUGCGAGUUCCACUACCACCACGCCGGCGGCCGCCCCGCCGCCGCCUCCGACCCCGAGUGGUACCGCAGGAUGAGCCACGCCAUCUAAACCCACCGUAGACACAUUCGUGUCAAACUCCCAGAGCUCGUCCAGUUCUGGAAUCCUAAUGUCUGUGGUAUACUACUUAUACAACAACGAGCCUUGAUUAUUUUAAGUGACGUUUUAUAUGUAAAAGAAAACAAGUCGUACCUAAUUAAUGAAAUGAUUUGAGUCAA